AUCAAAAAGCUCUCAAUAUAAAAGUAAGUCCCAUCGUACAGGGAGGUCGCCGAACUACACGGACUUACACGGCCAAAGUACAAGCUCGCUAAUAGAACUAGAUACGCGCAACUCUACUCUUAAUCACCCCUCUAUCCUAACCGGGAUAAAAUGCCUUACAAGAGCAAGCUUAUAGGCGAUAGUCGAUGGCGUGCUUUUUACCCCAACUCCACAAUUCCCUAAACAGGGUCUUAAGAGUGACGAUUCGGGUAGGGUACCUCUGUCGGGAAUCCGUUUAUGAUGAGCAAGUAUAUAUCUACAUAUGAGUUAGCCAAGUGAUACUCUUCCUGUAGUAAGUCUUGUAGCUUGCGAAUUCAAAUACUUCUCUAUCCCCUCCUCUCGGAGUCACUGGACUGCAAUAUCUGGUUCGGUACCACUCCAAGUCCAUAUAUUAUCCCACUUACACGAGAGACGACCCCUCCAUAUCCGUAAAUAUUAAACAUACUCAAAACCAGUCGCAAUGGCGGAGGAAUUAAGCAAGAACUUUGAGACUCUCCAACUCCACGCGGGCCAACAGCCGGACUCGGCAACGAAUUCUCGCGCAGUUCCUAUAUAUGCCACAACUAGCUUCGUCUUUAAUGACUCGGCACACGGCGCGAGGCUAUUUGGCCUCAAGGAAUUUGGCAACAUAUAUAGCCGGCUCAUGAACCCUACCGUCGAUGUCUUUGAGAAGCGUAUCGCUGCUCUGGAAGGCGGAGUGGCUGCCGUCGCAGCUUCGUCCGGCCAGGCAGCCCAGUUCAUGGCUAUCGCCGCCCUCGCUCAUGCCGGCGACAACAUUGUCGCGACUCCCAGCCUCUACGGUGGUACAUACAACCAAUUGAAGGUUUUUAUUGCGCGGCUCGGAAUCAAGACUAAGUUCAUCGAGAGCGACAAGCCCGAGGAAUUCGCCGCAGCCAUCGACGAUAAGACCAAGGCCGUAUAUAUCGAGAGUAUUGGUAACCCCCGGUAUAAUGUCCCGGACUUCGAAGCCAUUGCCAAGGUUGCGCACGAGAAAGGUGUCCCUGUAGUGGUGGACAACACUUUCGGAGCUGGAGGCUACUUCGUCAGGCCAAUCGACCACGGCGCAGACAUCGUUGUCCACUCGGCGACCAAGUGGAUUGGUGGUCACGGAACAACUAUUGCUGGUGUUGUCGUCGAUAGUGGGAAGUUCGACUGGGGAAAGAACGCGGCCCGGUUCCCCCAGUUUGUUGAGCCGUCAGAGGGAUACCACGGCCUCAAGUUCUGGGAGACCUUCGGACCUAUUUCUUUUGCCAUCCGUGUAAGAGUUGAGAUCCUACGUGAUCUAGGCUCUUCCUUAAAUCCCUUUGGCGCCCAACAACUCAUCCUCGGUCUCGAGACGCUGAGUUUGAGAGCCGAGAGGCACGCGCAGAACGCGCUCGCGCUCGCAAAGUACCUAGAGUCUAGUCCCUACGUGAGCUGGGUAUCGUACCCCGGAUUGGAAAACCAUCCUAGCUACGAACUAGCCAAGAAGUAUUUGAAGAGGGGUUUCGGUGGUGUCCUUAGCUUCGGAGUUAAGGGCGGCGGCGCUGCCGGUAGCCAAAUCGUUGAUGGCUUCAAGCUGAUUUCCAACCUCGCCAAUGUUGGAGAUUCCAAGACUCUAGCUAUUCACCCUUGGACUACGACACACGAACAGCUAUCGGAUGAAGAGAAGAUCGCCUCCGGAACAACCGAGGAUUUGAUCCGCAUUUCCGUUGGCACGGAGCAUAUUGACGACAUCAUUGCCGACUUUGAGCAGUCUUUCAAGAAGGCUUCUGCUGCGACAACGAAGGGAGAAGAGGCAGGAUCUGGAGGUGAGACUAAGCAGAAGGAAGCACCAACAGUGGUCUAGGUUAAAAAUAUGAACAGGCUUUUUGAGUAGCAUAUAAAUAUACCCCCAUGCAAAUUAUAAGUAAGUCUCUCCUUUUAGUGAGAAGAGAAGUUGAAUGUUUCAUUGGAGAUAUGAUAUUGCUGUGAUAUGACGUUGACAAGUCACUUAUUCAUAUAACUGCAAGAGUAAAGAAUCAAAUAAACAUUUGAAAAGAAAUAUUUCCUUGAUUUAUUAUUAAUAUUAACAUAUU